AUGAGCUACAAUAGAUAAAACUUUAAGCAAGUCGGCAAUCUCUUCCAUGGAAUUCACCCUAAUGGAGUGUAAGAGAUUAAAUUCAAUAAUCCAGGCAAGAAAAAUGCUAUUGACAUGGAGGAUUUGCUCAAGCUUGCUGAUUUAUUCAAUGAUGCCAAUAAUAAUGAUUAAGUGAGAGUAGUUCUUAUUCAUGGAGGAUCUUACUAUUCAAGUGGUAAUGAUUUGAGUAUUUUCAUGAAAAAACUGGAGUCUCAUUCAGUUGAGGAGGUAAUCAAGAUGGCUCAAGAGGGAGCUCAAGUAAUAAUUGUCAAAAUGCUAACUGCCUUGCUUGAUUUGGAGAAGCCUUUAGUUUUGAUGGUUAGUGGAGCUGCUAUUGGAGUUGCUUGCACCAUGUCAGCCUAUGCUGAUUUUAUAUAUUGCACUCCAGAGGCAAUAUUUAAGACCCCCUUUUUAUAAAGUUUCUAGUCCCCAGAAGGAGGCUCUACUUUUACAUUCUAGCAAUAGUUAAGUAGAAGAGUGGCUGCUUAAAUGAUCUUUGCUGAUAAAAGUCUAACUGCUAAACAAGCAUUGAAGCUUGGAUAUAUAACUGACAUUAUUGAGGCAAAAGACAUUCAGAUCGAAAAUGGAGAAUACUUCGACAUUGACAAAAUUCCAUGUAUCCCUUAAAUUUUGAAAAAUGAUUUGAAAACAACUGUAAAUGCAAAGAGGCUUUUGAAUGAAGGACUGAAUAAGAAGCAUCUCAUGAAAACUAUAGAAAGAGAGGGCAAGUCGUUGGCUGGAAUAUAUGCUGAUGAGGAAUUUUUGCCAAAAUUAUUUUAGUAUAUGAGUUAGAAUACUAGUAGGAAAGCCAAGACUUAGCCAUAGCCCUUACAUGACGCUAAGCUUUGA